AUGUCUGUCGAUAUCUACCCACCCAUAGCUUCAGCCGAGAUCAAGCUCGCAGUUCAGGACACGCAGCGCCGCGAGCUCACCUGGCUCCUCGACGACCUCCAAGCCACCCUGGGCGAAUUUCGGCAUGGCCUCGAGGACUGCUACGCUCUUCUGGCGCCCAUCGACCCGGGCAGCACGCUCGUCGUGAGCACGCCGCGCAAUGAGGCGGUCAAGGGCCACGUCACGCGGGUCGGCACCCGCAUCGUCAAGGGCACGCUGUCGCUGCGCCUGCGCACCGCUCCUCCGCAGACCCUCUCGGUCGACCCGACGCACCCCAUCCACCUCGCACCCUUGACUCUGCUGCACGCCCGCCUGACCGACGCCCUCGACGUCCUGACCCGCACCCUCGAGUUCCUGCCGGAAGGAGGCAGCGCGAGGACGCUGCCACCCGCCGCAGACGCGACGGCCGCCGCGGCGUUUGUGUCGGCCCAGCUGAGGCUGCUGUCGACGACGCUGCACGAGUCCUCGGCGAUCCUGAAAGGCCGGCCGCUGACGGACACGGACCCGGGCUGGACGACGCUGUCGGCAGCGCCGGGCCACUUCCUAGCGCCGCCUGCGCCGCCGCCACCGUCCUCCAACCUCAACAACUUCCUCUCUGCGCAGCAGCAGCAGCAGCCGGACGCCGCGGCCGGGAACCCGCUGCACAACAUAUCCAUAUACUUUUCGCUGCAAGAGUCUGCGCUGGUGCUGUGGGUGCGGGCGCUCGAGCCUGCCGACGCGGCGCCCUCGUUCGGCAUGAAGUUCGCCCUGGCCAUCGGCACCGCCCGCCGCCUCGAGCACGACGAGAGCGACGUCAUCUUUGGCUACUGCUGCGCCGGCCUGGAUGGGAAGCCCGCGGGCGAUGGGGACCACAGCCGGCACGGACCGAAGACCUCGCCUACGCUGAGCGUCAAGAGGCCCGCCAGCAGUCAGAGCGGGGCACCCGUGUUGUCGGGCACCAGAGACAGCACCAGGCGGAGCAGUAGCAGGAACCCUGGUGGGGCUGCGGGCGGCAGAGAAAAGGAUGGUGAUGCGGUGCAGGUGUACGUGAGGGAGAAAAUCCGUGUCGAGAGCGCAGACCCGAGCCUGAUGUCUUUGUCUGCCAAGCUGGGUGCGUUGACCCAUACUCUGACUAUGGCCAGACGCAAUCUUGCCGCUGUCAUGGGAGAGGAUCUGGAAGACUGA